AUGGCAUCAGUAUUUAUUAAGAAAUCAACUGGUCUAACUGGUUUGGCUGUUGAACCAAGAGCACGUCAAAUCUUGUCAGACCUCUAUUGCAAGACACUCAAGGAGCUCCAAAAGAUCCCAGCAACCGCUGGUUAUCGUCAAAGAAUGGAAGAAUUGACCAAGUUUAGAUUCAACGUUGUAGAAAGCGAAACUGACAUUCUCAAGAUUGAACAUACCAUCAAGGGUGGUCAAGUUGAAGAACUCAUCCAACAAGCAAAAAAGGAACUCGAAGUCAUCGAUUUGGUUUCAAAGGAAAGAGUUUGGGAAUUAAGAGACAAGAAUAUGCCACCAAUGAUUUUACUUAAUAACAAAUAG